AGGGAGAGGGAUGAGCUCAUUUAGCUGAAGCGUGGGUGUCGGGGUGGCCGGGAAAGAAAGACGGGGUUAACCAAAGCCGAAGGUGGUCAGAGAUGGAAGAACUGCUCCUCCUCGGAGUGCGCAGGCACCUCAGGGGCCCCUGCCCUCCAGUAUCAAACCACGCCGCUUUCCCACUUUGGAAACGCAGCUUGUAGUUGGAAACUCGACAGCUCUCCCUCCUCAAGCAAAGCCAAGGAUCGUUUUAUUGAAGGCGUUUGGGGCCAUCUCGAUCUGGCUCAGUUUCAGAGGUGAGGCUCCGAGAGACCCUCCGAAGAAAACUUUUCCUCCCUGGAAGAGGUUGGGGGUGAGGGGCGAGAGCAACCCCGCCGCCAGCUAGCGCACCUCAGUCCGGGCGGACUGAGGUAGCCUUGCCUGGCAGCUAAAGACAAGCCUCCCGAUACAUCAGCCGAGCCUUGAGGAAAGGGAAUGCCUCGCUCAGGGCGGCGGGAUUCUCGGUCUCCCUCCUCUCCUAAGACACCGACUGAGCAGGACCGACGCGUAGCUUCCCCCUCGACUUGGCGCCUCUUCGCCUGCUCUUCCUCUCAACUCUGGGGAGCUUCUGGAAACCCUUUGCGUCACCCCAGGUCAUCCCAGCGAUUUCUGCCUCAGUGCCAGGUGGGUAAGUAAGCUUGGCAGUCGAGGAGAAUCUCGGCUACUGGGGAGCCCAUCCCAGUCUACGAACGAUGGAUUGAUCAAAGAAACAAAAGAAACUGACCCAACAGUUCACCAGACAAGACAGAACUCUGAAGACUUUUUUUGUGUGUCUUUUUUCAUCAAAUUUGAGUCAAAGGAUGUGUCUGGUAGACAGAAGCACAAACAGGAAUUCUACAGAGGUUCAACCUGUCCUAGGACUCUUCUUGGGAACCAUCUCGCUGGUUACAGUGGUUAUGAAUAUUUUGGUCCUAUAUGCAGUGAAAACAGAAAAGAAACUACAGACAGUUGGCAAUCUUUAUAUUGUCAGUCUUUCAUGUGCAGAUGUGAUCGUUGGUGCAGCUGUGAUGCCACUAAACAUUGUAUACUUGUUGAAGGAUAAGUGGAUUUUGACUAGAAAAGCUUGCCUGUUUUGGCUUUCAAUGGAUUACGUAGCCAGCACAGCUUCUAUAUUCAGCCUUUUCAUACUCUGUGUAGAUCGCUACCGUUCAAUCCAACAGCCUUUAAAAUAUCUCAAGUACAGGACCAAAACUAGAGCCUCAGUCAUGAUUUCAAUAGCUUGGCUGCUGUCCUUCCUGUGGGUGAUUCCAAUACUUGGCUGGCGAAAAUUCACAGAUCACAAUGGUAUGACAGUUCAUAACCGAACGGAUGAUGAAGACAUAUGUGAAACAGAUUUUUGUAGAACUACAUGGUUUAAAGUCUUGACAGCCAUAAUCAACUUCUAUGUGCCAUCAUUGCUGAUGCUGUGGUUCUAUGCAAACAUUUACAGGGCUGUCUGUAAGCAUUAUCGGCAUCGGCAGCUCAUAAAUGGAUCAUACAGAUGUAACUCUAACGAUGUUAGUGUGCAUAAUGGAAAGAUUCAGGAAAUGCAAAAGAUUUGUUCCCAAAGUUCCAAUAAAGACAGAGGAUUUUCUUUCAAUGCAAACAAUACCUUUGAGCAAAACAAAAUGAGGGAAGCUAACCUUCCAUUAAGCAGCUUUGUUAAAAUCUCGAAGGAUUUUCCUAAAGGAAGUGACCAUGAAGUAAUAAAGCUUAACUGUUUCCCUCUAGCUAUAACGCAGAAAGAUUUUGAGUUAGGCAAUACAAAGGGAAAAUAUGCCUGUGUCAGUAACAAUACUGAAAAUAUAAAAAAUCCUAUCUCCCAGUUAGGCAAAAUAUCACAUAGGCAGAGUUUUGCAGGACGAUCAUUGCCGACAAUUCACUCGGAUCCCUCCCUAGAGCAAAAUUCUUAUACUGAGCAACAUUUUCCUCAGACGUAUUCUAACAAAAGAGAUCCCCUCAAACUCUGUUAUCUGAAAGAAACAUGGGGAAAGCUACGUACUCAGUCUGUUUGCCAGAGUCAAAAGCUGCAUGUGAACAGGGACAGAAAAGCUGCCAAACAGUUGGGUGUUAUAAUGGCAGUUUUUAUGCUAUGUUGGAUACCAUAUUUUGUAUUGUUUAUGGUCAUGGCCUUUUGUGAAAUAUGUUAUAACCGUCCAUUUCACAUGUUUACGAUUUGGCUUGGCUAUGUGAAUUCUACUUUAAAUCCAUUUAUAUACCCACUCUGUAAUGAAAACUUCAAAAAGGCUUUCAAAAAGAUAUUUCAUAUUAAAACUUAACUUAUUGCAGAAAAAAAUUAUAUGGGGACAGAUGAGCAGGUUUAUGUUGUAAGGAGGAAAUCUGGUAUUAUUUAAAUCUUUAAACAAUGGUUUGGGUGUCUUAAAAGAGUUGUUUUUCUGUUUCUAGUGGUUUGUGGUCUUUUUAACAGUAGAUUUUAUAGCUUAAAACAAGAUUGAGCUAGAAUGAAAUAUAUUGCAAUUUAACAUAUCUUCUAAAUGCUAACUUUUAUAUCUGAUCAUUCUAAUCAGUGUUUAAUUUAGCACAGUGACUUUUUCAAAUGUAUAUAUAUUGUGUUAUAGUAGUCUUUGUGUUCCCAAAACUUCAAGGGCUUCAAAACAGCAUUUAUUUCUAUUUUGAUUUUUCUCCAGAAAAAGAAUUCACCAGACAUUUAAACUUUUAAUAAUAUUUUGGUUUUAUUUACCAAGAAAUUGGAAACCCACAGCAGACAUCCUAGAGUCAGGGAAUUCAUUGUCCCUUUGUUAUCAAAGAGAAGCAAUCUUGUUCACGUGUAUUUUCAGUUCAGCUCUGAAUUAUGGUAAAGACAAAAUUUCAUUCCAGCUUCACUUUUGGUUGCUUCAUGUAUAUGCAUGCCAUUUUCUGUGCAACAAUACAGGACUAGUUUGCCAAAGCAUUUUCCUCGACUUACAACCAAAAUUGAGCCCAAAAUUUCUGUUGCUAAGUGAGACAUUUGUUAAGUGAGUUUGCCCCAUUUUAUGACCUUUCUUGCCAAUUGUUAAGUGAACCACUGCAGUUGUUAAGUUAGUAACAUGGUUGUUAAUGAAUCUGGCUUCCCAAUUGACUUUGCUUGUCAGAAGGCUGCAAAAAGUGAUCACAGGACUCCAGGACAUUGCAACCGUCAUACUCGGUUGCGAAGCAUCUGAAUUUUGAUCACGUGACCAUGGGGAUGCUGCAACAGUCAUAAGUGUGAAAAAUGGUCAUAAGUUAUUUUUCUGUGCUGUUGUAACGUCAAACGAUCACAAACGAAUUGUUGUAAGUCGAGAACUAACUGUUGUCUUCUUGACCAAUCUAAUUAUGAAUAAUUAGCUUCUAGAAGAACAAUUAGAACAAUAGCUUUUUCGAGAUCAACCAAGCUAGAUGCUGCCUAUCUUUUUACUUUGCUUCCCAAAGAGCUUCCAUUGUUCUUUCUAAACAUUCAGCCCAUUCAAGGGAAUCUAAUAGGUCCUCCUAUUUU